AAAGAAGUGAUGAAUAAAGGUAAUAAGUUGAAAGCUGCAAUUGAGGCGGCUAUGCUUAAAAAGCCUGGAUUAUACAGAAAGAAGAGAGUUCCCGAUCAACCUGAGGAGUUGUCUGUGUUAAGUAUGAAUGGUGAAAUAGCUUCUCAGGGUCCAUUAUCUGGUUCAAAUAGUAUCAGAAACAUGAUUUCUGACGAGGACAUGCAUGAGGGGCAAGCAGUAAAACGGGACUCCACCACUGACUCUUGUAUGCCUAAAACUGUCAACAACAUGGAGCAGUUCAGUGUGCUUCCUGCUGAAGUUGUUACUUCCAGAACAGAAGAUGUUUGUCCCAUUGUGCGUUUUGAUGGAAAGUCUUCCAGUAGGGAUCUGCAUUGUUAUACUUUGGCAUCGAUAUCUCCUCUUCUGAAGCUUUCAGCAAUUCCAGAGCAUGAGUUUAUUUGGCAAGGGGCUUUUGAAAUUCAUAGAAGUGGACAAGUCUCAGACUUAUUAAAUGGAAUGCAAGCACAUCUAUCAAUUUUUGCAUCCCAUAAAGUUCUAGAGGCGGCAAACAAAUUUUCUUGCAAACUUACUCUCAAUGAAGUACCUCGCAUGAGUACAUGGCCAAUACAGUUCCAGGAAAGUGAUGUCAAAGAAGAUAACAUUGCACUCUAUUUCUUUGCUAAAGACCUAGAGAGCUACGAGAAGAGCUACAAGAUUUUAUUGGAUAGUAUGAUGAGCAGUGAUCUAGCUCUCAAAGGGAUCAUUGAUGGUGUUGAACUCUUGAUUUUCCCAUCCAACCAACUUCCUGAGAAAUACCAGCGUUGGAAUAUGCUUUUCUUCCUAUGGGGCGUGUUCAGAGGAAAGAGGGCAAGUUGCUUGCAACACAUGCCUGGCUCCACAGAACAGUUUAGUUGUCCCCAAGAUAUCUCCAUGGCCACCAUCUCUUUGCCUGAGAAUACAUGUUCACUUGGGCCUAUAGAUAAUAGUUCAUCCGCCUGUGACGGGGCUUGCAAUGUUGAUGUAGCAUCUGAGGCCCAUGCCUCAAUAGCAUUGCCCUGUUUAUCAGAAGGAAUAAAUGGGGACUGUGAUACGAAAGUAUCUUCCCUUGUUACAAAGGAUGAAUGUAUACAAAUAGUUGUGGAGCAGCAGGAGUUUAGGCUGGACUCUGAUCCCUUGUCUACAAUACAGAGCAGUAGUGCGCAUUUGUGCCCUGGACUUGGAUCCAUCUGUAUAUCCCAGUCACCACCACCUUGUUGCAUCUACUCUGUAACCAUCAAGCGGGUGUGUUCAGAGAAAAGAGAAGAGGAAGGAAUUUUGCAUUCUUCAGUGGGGGCGAAUUUGAAACAACAAAGGCGUCCAGGACUGGAAAAUAGAGUUCUUUUUCUUUUUUCACUUCUGGGGGGUGGGGCUAGUGGAGGUUGUUCCCCUGCCUCUGAAUUCUCUUUGCUGGGGUGCAAACACUUUAGCAGAACUGGGGGGGUUAUACUUGAUGUCUCCCCUAGAAAUAUGCAUAGCAUUAACAGAAAGAACUCUUUAGCAAUUCAUGCUUGUGACCCAGGAGAUGACAUUAGCAAUGACGUGGAAGGGUAUGUUGAUCCUGAUUGCAAAAAGGAUGAAGAGCUGAAUGCCUUAGAACAAGUUACCAGACCAACAAGUGGUUCUAAUAAAAUUGAGAUGAUGCCGAUGCACUGGGACACUCCGCAUGAUAGGCAGCAAGCAUCAUCUCAUUAUUUCAAUAAAAUUCCAGCCGCCAUGCAGGAGGUUGAAGCUGCAGGAGUUAUAGGCGAGGAGAAUAUAACCGAUAAGAUGAACAGGAGCAAAGAUCAAGUGAAAUUUAGAGGGAUCUUAGAAGAACGUGGAAUAUUGGAUGCAGGUGCAGCUCUGGAGGGAGAGACAGUGAUUGGAGAUGCAACCAUAAAGGAGCUCAACGCUCAGUAUUUGAACCACAGAAAACGUCCUCACAUAGAUUCCACAGAGUUGAUGUCACAGGCUGCUGGUGGUGGUAAAAGUCAAAUAGUACCGUGGAAUGGCGUCAAUGCCAUUUUGGCUGAUGGAAGUGAAAACAAAAAACAGAAGACUGGUUUUGGUGGAUUUUAUGGAUGUAAUAAUCCUACUGAUUCUUUGAGAGAUGGCUUUGCAUCAAUGCAUGAAGUGGCUUCCAGUUCCAGUAUCAAGGAGAAGAGAUAUGACGAAUCUUGUGGCGGGACAGUGAUCCCUGAUAACUCUCAAAAUGCGGAAAGGUACUUCUUUCCUGUAGAUUCACCUCCUGUGAAAGACAUUGGCUUAGGUGACAAUUCCAUGCCUUGGAAAAUGUUCUUGCCAGGCAACGAGGAUGGGCUUCAUGACAGGACUCCUAAUCUCGAGCUUGCUUUAGGGGCGGAAACAUCGUCAAGGCAGGGAAUCCCACCAUUUUUAGGUGGGAAAGUAGACAAGAAAAAGAAGCUAGGCCAGCCUCCAGAUAAGGCAACAUCCAAGGAAGAGGAGGAGGAAGUCUCUGCUGCUCUCUCCCUCUCUCUUUCAUUUCCGAUUCCAGACAAGAAACAGGCUGCGAAGCCAGUUUCGAAAUCAGAGCAGCUGCAUCCUGAAAGGCGACUUGUUAAUACGUCACUGUUCCUUUUUGGGGGCUUAUCGGAUAAGUAAACACAUGGUGGCAGUCACACUGUACAUUAUAGCGCCUCACAUGGAUGUGAUAGUUCUAUAUCAGGAUGAUGUAAAAUGAUCUUUCUUUGGGUUUGACCAGAGAGCCCAAUUCCACCUGUUCAUAAGCUGGCAUAGAAUCUAUCUAGAAAUUUUCCUCUUUACCUCCGUUCACUUUGGUUUGCAAGUGCAUAGUCCGCUGUUUGUAUAUAAAGAGAAUGAAAGCCGGAACAGUUGGGAAUUUUUUAGACCAAAAGGAUUUUCCUUUUCUCCGUCUGCAUUUACUAUCUAGCAUUUAUUAUCAUGUAACUUUAGGCAGUGAGUUUAGAUUAGAUUUGAAGGUGUUGGUCGCCAAGCAUGGUAACAGGCGAGGUUUCAAAAUUUGGAAGAGGG